GGCAAAACUCGUGGGUAACUAGGUUGCCACUGCCAAUAAACGAAAACACUAUUAGUAAAAGUUUUUUUUGUAAACAUUGAAACCAUGACAAUUCGUGACAAUAUGCCCUGCUUUGUACCUACUUGUGACACGAAAGACGACCAUGGUCAAACGCGUGAAUGGCCUCUGAAUUCAGUAUUGGCCAAACGAUGGCUCCAAGCAGUUCAGGCAGGCUGCCAGCUCGGAAGCGUCUCAUGGAGGAGCGAUCUAGCAUCGAAUGCUCUGGAAAUUUGUGAUGCCCAUUUCGAAGUGACUAACUUGACCCAACACUAUUUGGAACCUUCACGAUUCCGCGAUAAAGAUGGGGUCACGUUUUCAAUCGAAAGCUGCAAGAUCUGUCUGGAAUUCUAUAGAGCAGAGGACGUUUUAGAUUUUGAUGUUUUCAUGAUUCUAAGAACCAACGUUCUACCACAAAACGUCGUUGGGAAGCUAAUUAGUUCUUGUCCACAAAUUUCAAGUUUAAUUUGCGUCGAGUGUGCCGCAAAAUUAGAAAUGAUCGAAUCCGUUGCAAACUUUUUCGAUCGAUGCAAUGAGUCCAUGGCUCUACUCUAUCAAAACGUGAAUGAGAUUGAACAUGAAUUGGUCGAAAAACUUAAUCACACUGAUGGGCACAGCCUCGUUUCGACUAUAGAAUUAGUAAAAAGUGAACCAAUAAUUAGUAUGGGAAUGGAUUUGGAAGACGUGGGCGGAAACAGACAUAUAGAGGCAAAAUGCAUGAUUUGUAAAGAAGAAUUUUCUUCAGAAAUGGAAGUUAUUAAGCAUUUAAAAAACCAACAUGACGACAAAAGUCGUUAUAGUUGUAAAAAAUGCGAUAGAAAUUUUUACAAAAUCAUCCCUUUCCAUCGUCAUCUUAUUUCAAACGUAGGAAGGAAUUCUGAGGAAGGAUGUCUGCCUAUGCGGAAAACACUAAGAUCUAAACACACUUGCGAUAAUUGUGGCGAAACGUUUUCAAAUGUGAAGAAAUUUACUGUUCAUCGCAAAGCAUGUAAACAGAGUAACAGUAACAAACAAUUGCAUCAUGACAAGAAAUCAUCGGAAAAAGACACAAAAAAGCAAGCACUUUAUAAAAGUUUGAUUUGCAGAAAAAAACACGAAUAUGGCCAAGAACUGACAUCCCACAUCCGUUCUAGUCAUGUUGAUCAGAUGUAUCCUCACAUGAGUUGCGGCGAAUGUCAACGAUUAUUUAGCUGUGAAAUUCAAUGCCACAUUCAAAGAAACUCUCAUUUAGAAACCAACGCUGGGGAGACAAACCGAACGAGUGCAGCGUCUGUCAAAAGACGUUCAAAUCGCCACAAAUUCUGAAAAAACAUCAAUUAAUACAUGAAAAGGUGUUUGAGUGCGAAAUUUGUGAAAAAUCAUUCAAUGGACCGUACAACCUAAGGCUGCACUAUUCGAGAAUGCAUUCCGAUGAGCGAAAUUUCGAAUGUGAUGUUUGCAAAAG